AUGAAACCGCUACACAUUCCUGAGCUCUCCUAUGCUAAUCAGGAGUUACAACUCAUCAACGAAACAGGGUCGGAAGCACCAGAUGUCAUCCAGAUGAGGAAUCAGAAAGCUCGAAACUUAGACGACCUGGUUGGAGAUGAGCAUUAUGAUAUGCAAGAGGAUGAGGAGAUCCCUUCACAUGGAGCACUACCAGAUUGGGACUUCUCGUAUGCGCAUAUGCGGAAAAAGUCAGAUGACCAAGCACCAAUAUCUCGUCCAUCAAUGGUUCAUCGUCCUGCUUUUUCAUUCUCACCUCUGAUUUCUAGUCCUGAAGAAAUCGCAAACCCUUCCCACGGCACGCGGUCUUCAUGUAUCCAGCUUUGGAUGUUCAUUGUGGUGCUCCAGCUUAUUGCCCUGGACCUCCAUCAAAACCGUUUCUUCCAUCAAUCCGGUCAGGAGAAGUGGACUACCCCUGUCUUCAAUAGUUUCAGCACAAAAGAAUUCAGUCCAAGAUCAAAAUUCAAGACCUAA